AUGGAGGCCGCGAGCCGGCCGGGCCGGCGCUCGCGCGCGCAGCGGGACCGCGGCCGGCGCCGGGAGAGCGCCCGCGCGCACAGCCCGUCCUCGGGCGACGAGCCGGAGCCGGGCCGUGGCAAGGAGAACGCGGGCCUGCGCGGCGCGCCCGCCCGCGCCGCCGCCCCCGCGCCCCGCGCCGCGCGCCCCCCGCGCCGCCGCCGCCGCGAGUCGAGCUCGCAGGAGGAGGAGGUCAUCGACGGCUUCGCCAUCGCCAGCUUCAGCACCCUGGAGGCCCUGGAGAAGGACAUGGCCCUGAAACCACAGGAGCGGAAGGAGAAGUGGGAACGGCGCUGCGUCAAGAAGCCGCGGGAGCAGGAGCACUGCCCGGCUACGGAGCCACGCGAGAGCCAGCAGCCCCCCCAGCCGGGCAGCCCGGGGCAGGACGUGGAGCCUGCCUGCGAGGGGGGCACCAGGAAGGCCCCGCUGCAGCCGUCCAAGCAGGUGUGCUCCCCAGAAGGGGGGCCGCUCCCAGCCAACCCCUGGGACCAGAACGGCCCGGCCCAGCAGCAGCAGCAGCUCCAGCCCAGCCAAUCCAGCCAGCCCCAGGGGUCCCUCCCAGCCCCCUGUCAGCGCUGCCAGCCCCGUCGGGCUCUCCCGGACCCCAGGCAGCCCUGCCAGUCCCAGCGGUCACUCCCGGGUCAGCGCAGCUGGCCCCAGCAAUCAUUUCCGGGCCCGAGACACCCCUGCCAACCCCGGCGGUCACUUCUGGGCCCUGGUCAGCACCGCUGGCCCCAGCGGCUGCUUCAUGCCCCAGAUCAGCUCUGCAGGCCCCAGCGGUCACACCCAGUUCAGCCAUGCAGGACACAUUGGGCAUUCCCAGGCCCCAGGCAGCGCUGCCGGCCCCUGCGGUCCCUGCUGACCCCUUGUCACCGCUGCCGGCCACUGAGGUCCCUGCUGACCCCCUGUCACCGCUGCCGGCCGCUGAGGUCCCUGCUGACCCCCUGUCACCGCUGCCGGCCCCUGAGGUCCCUGCUGACCCCGUGUCACCGCUGCCGGUCCCUGCGGUCCUUCCUGACCCCGUAUCUCCAUGGCCAGCCCUGUAGGGCUUCCUCUGGACAGUGUUGCCCGCCGCGUCGGUCCCUUCUAGCCCAAUGCCAGUGGUGCCAGCCCCCGCGGUCACUUCUCACCUUGCGCCCACGCCGCCGGCCACCUGGCUCCCUCUCAGGCCAGUGCUGCUGCCCUUGGUGGGCAUUCAUAGCCCCCCGUCCACAUGGCCAUCCCCGCAGGGCUCUCCUGGGACAUCCCAGCCGCCCCCGGAGGUCAUUGCUAGGCCUCAGUCAGCCAUUAGUUGAGGCUCCAGAGCAGCCCAGUCCACCCAAACCUUCACUGAUGGGCCCAGGACAGUCGGGCCAACAGACACGGCCACUCAUGGGCCCAGAACAGCCCCACCCACCCAAGCGGCCACUCAUGGGUCCAGAACAGCCCUGCCAGCCCCUCCGAUCCCUCAUGGGCCCCUGUCAGUCCUGCAAACCCCAGCCGCUGCUUCCCAUCCCCGAACGCCCUUCGCUCCUGGGGCAGCCAGGCCCACCCCGCCGACCUCUCCUGAGGCCCCUGUGCCAGCCGCGGAGGUCCCUCUUGGAUCUGGUGCCGGCCCGGCAGCCCCAGCCCUCGCUCCUGGGCCAUCCCUGCCAGCCCCUCAGGGCACGGUGGCCACGGUCCUGUGCCCCAGGGGCGGCCCGGCAGGCCCCGUCUGUGAGCCCUGGAGCCUGAGUCCCCAGCUCUGCGUCCGAGGGCCUGAGACACUUGGCUGCGCUGGCCUGAGCCCUUCUCCAGACAGGCCCCAGCUGCUUGCUGUUGGACACUGAGCUUGGCCAGAGGCAGGAGGGCUGUGAUCAGGCCGAGGCCAAGCCAAGAGAGAUGACUCCAUGCUUCCUGCCACGUGCCAUGCCCUCCCCUGCGGUGUCACAGUGCCCCGUGGGUGUCACUUCGUGGCAGACGUGCCCCAGGAGGGGCUCAGAGCUUGCGGGGGCCCCUCAGCGUCCUUCUGUGCCUCUGAAUUGCCAGCACAGGCUGCAUCUGUCUCCAUGCACGCGUGCAGGUGUGUGUGCAUGUGUGCGUGGGCACAUGGGCCUGUGUGGUUUUUGAGGGGGGGGUGCCGGCCACAGCCUUGCCACACCCCACUGACCCACGUGCAUUCCUGCCCCCAGGCAGAAUAGCCUCGUGAAUCCGGCCAGAUGGGAUUCCACCGCCAGGCUUCCUGUUCCAGCCCUGCCCUCUCAGGCCAUGGGAUGACGCUGGUGUCCCCUUGAGGGUCUGCGGGCUUAGGAGGGACACAGUCAGGCCAUCUGGUGUGACCUGGAUGUUGCCACCCACUUCUCAGGAUUUGCUGUCUCCACUUGGGGGCUCCCCUUGAAAGGCAGCUGUUGGCGUCUCCACACGGGAGAGCCUCAGGGUGCAGGGCUCCAGGGCCGUGCUGGGAAAGCCCUGUCACACACCCCUCCCGGCUCCUGUCCCGCAGGGCUGUCUGAGUCUCCAUCCGCUGCCCUCUCUGUCUCCAGACCUCCGAGAGUCUGGGGCCUGUUGGCAGCCUUCAGCCCUGCAGAGGCAACCAUUUCCAGAGAGCAGCGUUGGUCGCCUGGGGUCCCUGGCUAGGCACUGCUCGGAGCUGCAUGUGCGUGGACUCCAGGGCACACGGUCACCUCUCGUGUUUCCAGGCCAUCUGCUGACCCCAAGCACCCCUACUCAAGAGGCCCCUCCCUGGGUCCUGCAGAGGCUCUGGGGUGAGGGCCCUUGACCCCUGCAGCUUGAUGUCCCCUUGCCCAGCCAGGGCAGCCCUGAGCCCCCCACCCUCCCUGAGGCAAGCCCCUCUUUCUGGUGCUUACCUAAGGCCUCUAUCUUGGAAAUGUGGGGCAUAUUUUUCUGAUUAAAGGAAAUAAAA